CUUGGCAGAGGCAGAUCCGGCAGCUCUCAGACAACAGCCCUGAGCCACCAGCCCCAGGUCCAUUUCCUGGCAGGAGAAGGGCCAGCAGCAGGCAGGGGGAGCAGCUGCUGAGUCAGCCACAGAUGCCAAGCGGAGCUGGGAGAGAGCAAAGGAGCCAAGCGCCAGCAAUGCCUGGCAAUGCAGCACUCAGACAAACCCGUGACGUAUUCCAGCGAGCACCCGGUUAAGGCCCUGUGGGUGGCAGCAGGAUUUGAGAGCCCACUGGCUUGGCAGGGGGUUUAUAGGGAAAGUUGGGGUGCAGAUGUGGGGGGAGGAGAGGCUAGGGUCGCUCUGCCCCUGUGAUCUGAAAAGCAGGAAGUUUUUCACCCAGCUGUAGUUUUUAAAGCAACUCAUGUCGUUCCAGGAGUCAGUGGUUUUAAAGGGGGCUGGUUGGCCUGGCUGGUUUGGUCUUACCUGGGGCUGUGACAAAGAGAGAGGCAAAGGUGCCUUUGCAAAGCGCCUCCUGGCUUGUAAUCCGUGGCUCGGUGGGGCUGUCUGGGUGCUGGGGUUUGGCAGUCAGCAGAGAGUAGUUUGCGUUUGCCUCUCCUGUGUCCCAGCUGGUUGGAUGUGAUGUUUACAAGGUGCUGAUCUGCCUGGGCUGGGGAAAUAGGCUUUCAGACUUGCAAGCCCAGCACCAAGCUCCCUGGUUCUUUCGAUGGAAAACCAGAGGAUGCUAAAGACGCAGGAGUCCUGCGCUAGCCUAGGCAGCGGGCUGAGCGAUCUGGUAGGCAACAGGAAGUUGAUGGUUUUGGGGGCCCUGUUAGCCUGGUUAUUAGUCGUCCACUUGCUGGUUAACGUCUGGCUGCUUUGCCUCCUCUCCGGCUUGCUGGCAGUGUUGGGGGGAUGGCUGGGGUCCCAGGCCGUCAUCGGCACCCGCAGCCGGCUCCACUUGGAACGGUUCGUCCUGCUGGAGAGUUGCCUGCAGAGCCCCGAGGCGGAGAGGCAGCUGGACGAGGAGAUUGACCGCAUGAUCCAGAAGAUCAUCCGGGACUUUGUGUCCUCGUGGUACCGGACGGUCAGCAGCGAGCAGGGCUUUGAGGACGAGGUGAGGAAGGCCAUGACAGGCCUGGCCUUAGAGCUCAAAAGGAGGAUGGCACUGGUGGACAAGCAAGCCUUGACCCAUAAGAUUCUCUUGCUUUGUGGUUGCCACCUGCAAAGCUAUAUGAAAGCAAGGGAGAGCAUGGAGGCUGCAAGGAGCCCGGCAGGACCAGCUCAGCUGGCAGACCAGCUCUGGCGAGCAUACAGUGAGCUCUCUGCCCCACACCCAGCUGUCCAGAGCCCAGCCAUGGAAGUGAACUAUGCCCGGAGCAUUGUGGACCUGUUGCUUCAGGUGCUGGUGCCCAAGCCUCACCUGGAAACUAGGACCGGGCGCUUCGUGGUGGUGGAGCUGGUCACCUGCAAUGUUCUUCUGCCUAUGAUCAAGAAGAUGUCUGAUCCUGACUGGAUCAACCUGUUGCUAAUUGGGAUUUUCUCCAAGAUGGGCAGCAAAGGGGUGAGAAGGGGAAAGGGGGAUGAGCCUCCAUUGGCCGCCUCCCCCUGCCAGCCCACAGUGCCGAAUUCUUUGCCACUGAAAGUUGUGGCACCAUCUCCAAGGCCUUCAGAGCUCCCCAGUUACGAUGUGGUGGACAGUCUGGAGUGCAACCCCCAGGAAGCGGAAGAGGGGAAGGACGUGACGAGCGGAGAGCCUGGUGCUGAUGCUGACGGUAGGAAAGCCGGGAGCACGCCCGUGCACUACCCCCAGCCAGAUACUCUGGGCUCCCUCUUCCUGUGUGAGGACUCAGAGCUGGAGUCCCCUAUGUCUGACCUCGGCAAGGACUCUGAUUCCGUGGUGCUGUUGUCCACGGAGGAAUUCCUCACUGACACAUUCCAGGAUUCCUUUGGGGUGCUGGAGGGGCCGAACGGCCUGGACCAAGAGGACGGUGUGGUUGCUAAGGAUGGGUAUCUGGAGGAGAGCACCGCCUCUAGCUCUGAAACGAGCGUCCUCCCCUCUGCGCUGGGCCGGUGCCCUGACAUACAAAUCGACUCCGCAGUGGAGAGGGAAGAAAGCUUGGCCUCUGUCACCGCCCUGCUGGAUGAUCCAGAGAAGCCUUUCUUGAGGCGACCGUCCUUUCUGGAGAAUCCAGCGAAGAGUCCCCUGGACCCCAGCCAGCCGCCUCUCCCACUUUACUCCUCCCAUACCUUCAGCUUUGAGCCGCUCAGUAGCCCUGACAGCCCAGUCAUCAUCCAGAACCUGCGGAUAACCGGAACCAUCACUGCCCGGGAACACAGCGGGACAGGGUUCCAUCCCUACACACUUUACACGGUCAAGUAUGAGACCGCGCUGGAGAGUGAGAACGCCAACAGCCUCCAGCAAGUGGCCUACCACACGGUGAACCGGCGCUAUCGCGAGUUCCUGAACCUGCAGACCAGGCUGGAGGAGAAACCCGAGCUGCGGAAAUUCGUUAAAAAUGUCAAAGGUCCAAAGAAACUUUUUCCUGAUCUUCCGUUUGGAAACAUGGACAGUGACAAGGUGGAAGCCAGAAAAAGUCUCCUGGAAUCGUUCUUGAAGCAACUGUGCAGCAUUCCCGAGAUUGCCAAUAGUGAGCAGGUGCAGGAGUUCCUCGCCCUGAACACGGACGCCAGGAUCGCGUUUGUCAAGAAACCCUUCGUGGUCUCCAGAAUAGACAAGAUUGUGCUCAAUGCCAUUGUGGACACUUUGAAGACGGCGUUUCCCAGGUCGGAACCUCAGAGCCCAACGGAAGAGCUCAGCGAGGCAGAGGUGGAUGGGAAAUCCCAGACGGAUGGGAAGAAGGCUAAUAAGACCAGGCUGAGGUUCCCGUCCAGUAAAAUUGCUCCCGUGCUGAGCGUGGCCGAAGCACAUGAGAGGAUCCUGUAUGGCCUGAGGGAGGGCAGCACUGUCUCUGACGCCUUGUCCCUGGCCGGGAUGGAGUCCUUCAUUCAGAAGCAGGAGAAGUUGCUGGAGGCGAUGUCCAGCGAGGCCCCGGAAACUGAGGGGUCAGGCCCCACGUACAUUCCGCAGCAGACGGUGCACCAGAAGGAUGACCCUGGUUCUGAGACGCCCCUGGCAGACAUGGCUCUGGACCUGCUGCAUCUGCUGCUGAUGGAUCGCUGGAGCUGGCUCUGCACUGAGAACAUGCAGAAGGUGCUGCACCUGCUCUUUGGGUCCCUGAUUCAAAGAUGGCUGGAAGUGCAGGUGACUAACCUGACCUGCACUCAGCGCUGGGUCCAGUACCUCCGAUUGCUGCAGGAAUCCAUAUGGCCCGGGGGAGUCUUACCAGCGGUGCCUAAACCUUUCAGGACGCAGGAGCAGAAGGAGGCGACGGCACAGCAGGCCUUGCAGAGCCUGAUGGGACUCCUUCCUGACUUAAUUCUUGAAAUCCUUGGGACAAGCAGAUGUCGACUGAGCUGGAACCUGGUCCUUGAGUCACUACGGCAACCCAUCAUAAACAGGCACUUGGUUUACCGCCUCUCGGACGUUCUGCUGGAGUUUUUGAUACUUAAUAACCCCAGUGAUGAUCCCAAAACAACAACUGUAACUUCAUCUGUCUCUAACAGCCUCGAGACAGCAAGCAUUUCCCCACAUUAACCAGGGCUGCUGUUGCCAGCAGCAAAGAAAAAUGAGCAGCAGAGAAAAGAAUUCAUAGGCAUCAGGUGACUGGCGUUCAGUGUUUGCUGGACAGGGCUGGAAGUUUCUUAAUUAACUACCCCAGCCGGUCCAACAUGAGGCUUCUUUCAGGCUUCUCCUUGUUGGUGGGGUGACUGACUAUGCCCAAUGUGAGCAGAUGGAGAUGUUUGUGUGUAACAUUAGUGUCCAUUCCAUAGCUCACGUGAUGGAGAGCAAGGAGCUCACGGCGGGAAAGCACCUGAUCUCUCUUGGGGCAAGCAGGCUGCUAAGUGAGGCCAGGCCAGCCACAAAUCCUACUUGGAUGUAAUUUCAUGCCCUGCAUGUCUCUUGAAUCUGAGUAGUCCUGACCCAGAAUGGUCGGUGGCACAUCAGGGUUGGUUCGAGGCCUUCGGGCCCUGGCACUGAUGUGCAGAGACAUGACCCCAGGACGUCCCAUCAUCUGAACUCCCAUCGACUCGCAUGCCAUAUAAGGCAAAGAGAAGAAGGAUUAGCUCUUAUCCCUAGUAAAUGAAUUCACCACUUAGCUCCUCAUUGAACGAAGGCUGACAGUGCUGAGAUUCCUGCCUGACCUUCUCCCGUUCAGGGCGGAUGUCUAUGCGUGGAGAAAUCCUCAUCCCACCCUUGUUCCUUCCCGGAAAGAUGAGAUGGAGACAAGAAGACAUCCCCAGGGGGAGUUCCUGCCUUUGGUGCUGUCCAUCCAAAUGUGUCGGAACUCCGGAGUGAUGGGUAACUAGCGGAAAGCUCCUGCCUUGCCUUAGGGGCAGGGGAAGGUGCCUCACACCAUCGCAACUCCAAGAUCAUCUUGUUUCAAGAUCCCUCAUUGUCCAGGCUGAGGAGAGGGAUCUGGGGUGAAACAGAACUGGAGGGCACCACAUCCAUCCCCAAGUCAUCUGCCUGUGCAGGGAAAAUUGAAGAUUAUGGGGCAAUGGCUCUCCCACCCCAUGUUGUCUUGUAAGUGGGGAUUGUUAAGGGUCCCGGGGUUAUGAUGCAGGCACCGCACCACCGUCGAGCAGCAGCUUCUUUAGCAUGAAGGCCGGGUGCUGUUUGGAAUGUGAGACUGUCCCUGAUCUCAGCUUCACCAGAGGAUCUCUACCAUUGAUUCGUGGCUGGGCUACUCUGUGGAGGAAAGGAACUGACUUAUAUGAGGCACAUGGGCAAUAAAAUAGUUUCUAUAACCAUA